AUCAUCCCGUAUUGUUUUUUAAAUACUUGUUUUUUGUUUUUGUUUUUUUGCUUUUUUUUAAGUGCUUUUUAUCAAGUGUUUUUUAUGCAGUAAAAGAUUUAUAUACUCAAGUAGCUUUAUCAAAUAUACUCUUGGGCUACUCCACAACUGACAAUAUGCAGAGCAACAUAAAAGAUAUCUCGAUUAUAUAUCCCAUAACAACAACAACAACAGCAACAACAAAACCAACUAGCAACAAUAAAAAUUCGAAUGUUAAUGAUGAUUAUGAUCCACAUUUACAUCGCAAUGUCAAGAAUCCUACCACUAACUGGCAGACAUUUGCCCAUUUUCUCAAGGCCUCUGUGGGCACAGGUGUAUUAGCCAUGCCCAGUGCCUAUGCUCAUGCUGGCUAUGUCAAUGGAACAAUAUUGACUUUAAUUAUUGGUCUUUUGGCCCUUUAUUGCCUACAUAUUUUGAUCGCCAGCAUGUAUAUAAUUUGCAAACGUCAGCGUGUGCCCUAUGUAAGCUUCUCACAAUCCAUGUAUUUGGGCUUGAAACAUGGUCCACCCUAUCUGCGGUUUUUGGCUCCUAUAGCCAAACCAUUUGUCGAUGGCUUUUUGGCAUUUUAUCAUUUUGGAAUUUGUUGCGUUUAUGUUGUAUUCAUUGCGGAGAGCAUUAAACAAUUGGUCGAUGAAUAUCUGGUUGUUUGGGAUGUACGUUUGCAUAUGUGCCUUAUAAUAGUGCCCCUCUUGUUGAUCUAUAGUAUACGGAAUUUAAAAUUGCUUGCUCCAUUCUCGACUGCAGCAAAUUUGCUAUUGUUUGUCGGUUUUGGAAUUAUUUUGUACUAUAUAUUUGAGGAUUUGCCACCAUUAAGCACACGAGAUGCUUUUGUAAGUGUUACAGAGUUACCAACAUUUUUUGGAACAGUUCUGUUUGCCUUGGAAGCUGUGGGCGUGAUUCUUGCCAUUGAGGAAAAUAUGGCCAAUCCUAAAGAUUAUGUGCGACCUUUUGGCAUUAUGAAUAUGGGCAUGUCCAUUGUCCUGGGUUUAUAUAUACUCUUGGGAUUCUCUGGUUAUUGGAAAUAUGGUUCAGAAUCAUUGGGAAGCGUUACGCUGAAUAUACCACAAUCAGAAAUACUCGCCCAGGUGGUAAAGAUCUUCUUUGCUAUAACGACAUGGAUUUCAUAUGCCCUGCAGGGUUAUGUCACUGCCCAAAUUAUAUGGCACAAGUAUUUGAGUAAGAAAUUCAAAGACACAUCAAAGCAUUCGCUAUAUGAAUUGAUAUUCAGAGCUGUGGUUGUCCUCCUAACUUUUGCCUGUGCCGUUGCCAUACCGGAUCUAUCGGUUUUCCUUUCGCUGGUUGGAUCGUUCUGCUUAUCAUUCUUGGGUCUCAUAUUUCCAGCUCUACUCCAGAUUUGUGUGCAUUAUGAUUUGGGCUAUGGAGCGUUUCGCUAUAAAUUAAUUCUUAAUUUAUUAUUAUUAGCUUUUGGCAUUUUCGGAGGUGCGGUUGGAACCUAUGUAAGCAUCACAGAUAUUAUAGCGGUCUAUAGGCCAACGCCACAAACUGAUUGAAAAUUUUGGAAAUUAACUUAAGCCUUGUACAAAUAUGCAAAUAUACAAUACACACAAACACACAUGCACAUAAGCCACACCA